AUGAAGUUUGUAGCUAUUAUUUUCAUCACUUUACAAUUUUUAAACAUAUGUAAUGUUUCUUUCGCUUGGGACGAUGAUGAAUUAGAAGUUUUUGAUGUAGUCGAGGAAGUUAAUCAAAAUUUCUACCAACUUCUCGGCUUAACGCAGGAUGCCAAUGCGACGAGUAUCAGAAAAGCCUUUCGGCAAUUAUCACUACAACUGCAUCCUGAUAAAAAUGAUGCGCCUGAUGCUGAUGUUAAGUUUAGAAAUUUAGUCUCUGUGUACGAUGUUUUAAGAGAUACAAAUAAAAGGAAACAUUAUGACAAUGUUCUCGUCAAUGGACUGCCAAAUUGGCGGUCAGCUGUUUAUUAUUAUCGUCAUGUUAGAAAAAUGGGAUUAUUGGAAAUGAGUGUUAUAUUAUUUAUCGUUAUAACAAUUGGCAAAAUGGAAGUACCAGACUUGGCAGAUAUCCUUGAAAAAAUUCCUACGCCUAGUGUGUGGAACACCUUGCCGUUCCAAUUACCAUGUUGGACUUUCGCGUCAAUCGUAGGGAUUCCAUCAACGAUACGAGCAAUUAAAGAAAUGAUUGAAGAGCGUAAGAGGCGAAAAUUAGAAGAACAAGCUGCAUUAGCUGAAGAAAAUGAACAAGUAGAACCUGAACCUGUGCCAAGAGGUCCAAGGCGACGUCGCGCUGGAUUUACACCACAAGAACAAAGUGGUAAUAAUUCUAAUGAAUUAAAAAAAAAGGAUAACAUUCGGGCUAAUCACGUUUAUGAGAAGCCUAAGUAUACGGGUGGUCUUUGGACCGAUGAUGAUAUACUAGAGCUAAUAAAGUUAGUCAAAAAAUUUCCCGGAGGUACGCCUGAUCGGUGGGAAAAAAUAGCUGAGACUAUGAACCGCAGUGUCAGUGAAGUAACGCAUAUGGCUAAAAAAAUAAAAGACGAGGGUUUGAAACCGAAUCAGGCUGCUGAAGAACCUUCGGUGGUUCAACAGCCGAAGAAAGUUAAGACUAGAGCAGAAAAUCCUGAAAGUGAUGUCGUUUGGAGUCAAGAAGAACAGAAAGCUUUGGAAGCUGCUUUGUUGAAGUAUCCUAAAAGCUCUUCUGUUGAUAGGUGGGAAAAAAUAGCCAAUUGUAUUGAAGGAAAAACGAAAGAGGAAUGCCAGCUACGAUAUCGUCAACUGGUCGAUUUAGUAAAAAAGAAAAACGAAACAACCCAAUAG